AUAGCAUCGACCGUGGUCGUUUCCCAUAGUCAUAGCCCACAGGAAUUGCAGAAUGGAUACAUGUUAACGAGGCUCGUCCUUGAAGGUGGAGCAAUGGCUUUAAGAAGAGUUUUUGACAGCAUUCAUCCCCCGACAGUCUUGGCCAAUCGUCUCAAUGAGAAUUAUGUUAUUCUUGGAAGCCUCUUUCGUCGAAGAAUUCUAACCAAACAUCAAUGGGAGUUACUUUUUCCACUUACAGGAAAUCCGAGCUCCAACAGUUUUGACAUCACACUCCUAUUUUGCCUUUUGAGAAGUAUUUCUGGUCUUCGCCCUCCCAUGAAAGGAUGGAGCGAAAUGCCAUCACCUCUUGAACACUCUCUCGAGGCAGACAUUGUUCGCAUUAAAAUUUUCCGAAACCAGUUUCUCCACGGUGAUUUGAUCUCUGGUGUUGAUACGCCAACUUUCUCUACCUUGUCCAGUGAACUUUGUGAAAUUUAUAGGAGAUGCGAUUUGCCUGAGGAUGAAAUAAAAAGACUGAGAACAAACCCCUUUGCAGAAACCAAAGAACCCAAAAGGACAAAGAACCAGGAAAUGCAGACAGAGGGACCUCCUGCAAUUACUGAUCAUGCGUUUGGCGAUACAUGCGGAGAAUUGGCCUCUAUGUCCACCCAUUUCUUGGUAAAGGAAGGUAAAUGUGACAAAUAG